UUUUUUAAUCUGCGGAAAAUGAACAGUAUUGAGUACGUUAGAUCUGAGAACAUCUGGCGGGCUCCUGAAGUAAAAGUUGAGAGUUGUAGCCUUGGUGCAGAUAUUUUGAAAAAACUCAAGCACAGUGAUCCGCAGAAAAUAUUGGAAGUGCAUCACGAAAGUGGCACAAAUGUCACGGUGAAGGAGAUUCGUGAUCAAACAAUAACUGUUGCUCAAAAUCUCUUAAAUUUGGGUAUUAAAAAGAACGAUAGAGUUGUGUUCUUCACAAACUUGAACUUGAAAAUAACACCACUUACGUAUGCCUGCUACACAAUUGGUGCACCAGUCUGUUUCUUCGAAAUACAUCUUCCACAAGAACAUGUUCCCGCUUAUCUGGAAAUUCUCGAUCCUUCUGUAAUAUUCUUUGAAGAAGGAUUCAAGUCUAUGGUCACAGAAGGUUUGAAAGAUCUUAAUCUAACGAAUCUGAGACAUGUGCUCUCCUUGGACGGUGAACAAAAGUCAGUUGAUGAGUUUCUCUUUGCACCAGCAGUUGAUAUUGAAAGCUUUGAAGCUCCUAACAUUGGAGAUCCAAGGACGCUACCAGCUUUAUUAACAUUCACAUCUGCAACUACUGGUCUUCCAAAAAUUGUUAUGAAUUCUCAUGCCUUGGUCAGACAUAGCGUUCUCAAAGAAUUCGUUACAAAUCCAGCGAGUGUGGUUCUGAUUCUAAGUGAAAUCCGUUGGAUUGGUCCGCAAAUCUUAAUGCUUCAACCUGCUCUUCUUGGGAUAAAGCGAAUUUACAGCUCAAUACCUUACAUGGAACUGACUGGCGAAUGUGUGAGGACAAUGAUUGACACACAUAAAGUUACGGUUUAUUCUGCAGUUCCCAGAUUUAUGAGAAGUGUAUAUGAAGCAGCAGAAAAAUCUAGAGAAAAGAACCCGUCGACCCUCUCUUCACUAAAGAUCGUUUAUACUGGUGGUGAAAACCUUGGAGAAGCAUUGGAAAUAUAUUUUACAAAAAUAACGCCCCAUUGUAAGGUCGUAAAGUGUUAUGGAAUGACGGAAGUGGCUGGCGGAAUGGCUACAACGGAAAAAAUCAGCAUACAAAAAUAUGUAAAUGGUGGGGUUUUAAAAAAUGGCUUCAUGAUAAAACUCAUUGAUGAUGAUGGAAACUCUCUUGGACCAAAUCAAAUUGGAGUAGUUUGUAUCAAAACAGCUACCCCGUUCUUAGGGUAUCUGAAAAACGACCUGGCCAACAAGGAAUCUUUCAUUGAAGGAGGUUGGUUCAACACAGGAGACAUAGGAGUUGUGGAUUCGGAUAGUUUGUUGAAUAUUUUCACCAGAGAAAAACACAUUUUACGUUAUGCCGAUGGAAAGAUAAUUUUUCCAGAUACAGUUGAAGACAUCGUAAAUAGUUUUGAUGGUGUUCAUUCAUCAGCUCUGAUAGGAAACUGUAGUGCGGGAAAUCCCAAACAAUAUCGUGGAACAAUUUUUGUAGUUCUCCAAGAUUUUAUUGUUAAUCUAGCUGAUUUUGAGUAUGAUUUGAGAGCUUAUUUAAGAAAAGAAUUAACCAAAGAGCAACUUAAAAUUAUCAAGUACUAAAAAGUGAUAGAUCAUUUACCAAUGACAACUUGCUUUAAAAUUGAUAGGAUGGCCUUGAAAAAAAUGUUGUAUGGAGGUUGUAGAAUAAUCUUAUAACAACUGAGUUGUGUUUGUCAAUAUUUUGUUUUUGACAAAGUUUUAGUAUAAAUAUUUAUAAGAUGUCUGCAUUUUUUAAAUCAUUAGUAGUUUCAAUAGUUAAAUAUUUUGAAAUUGGAAUAAAAUUGCUAGUUUAAUAUUAUGUCACAGUGUUUGUUUUCAUUCUUAUUCGAAAUGUUCCCACGGCAGCUUUUAAUGUUUUUUGAUUUAUUUAUUUCAAAAAAAAGAAACAGUGUUACAAAACUCGUGAAAUAUAUUUGCUGUCGUAUCGAA